CGGAAGAGGGGCAGCUGGACGGGGGUAGCAGUUCGAACCCUGGGAACCAUAAGGGUGCACUACAGGGUGCCCCGGAGUCGUUCGAAUCUUCCUUGAGUUCGGUUUCGGUCGCCGGUGACCACCAUCAGCUGCAGCAGCAGCAGCAGCAGCCACCGCAGCAACCACCAGCGAAUGUUCCUGUGACAGUAAGCAGCAGCGCAGCAGCCGUAGCGCCCUCCAGCGGAACCUUGGGGCAACCUUUGACAGAUGGAUCCCCUUCCGGGGGUGCCAGUGCGAGCCACAGCGAUAGUAGUAGUAGUAGUAGCAACAGCAGUAGUAGUGGUGGUGGUGGCAGCAGUGCCAACACACUCGAAAUGGUGGUUGGUGGUGCCGGCGCCGGACCGAACGGAAGUCCCGGUGGUACGAGUGCGACCGGAAGUGGCAGUCAGGGGAACGCGAAGAAGAAGAAAUCGCCCGAAAAGCGCUUGGUCAUCGAUCUGAACGAUCGAUCCAAGUACACCGAGGAGGUUUCGGUGUGAAUCCCGCAAUACAAUCAACCGAGCACGGGCGACACGGUGUGUGCUGUUGUUUGUCCCUGGUUUGUCAGAACAAUGGCUUUGUUUGUUCAAUCACGUAGGAAGGGGUAGGGGUGGCAAUCAGCGCCGUUUAGUGCUGUAGAGUUUUGUUUCGUUUGCAGCCAUUGCGCUGCGUUUGAAGUCGACUUUCUUUGUCACAAAUGUGAUUCAGCAUCAUUUCCCUUGUCCCUCCUUCCAACAAGCAACAAGCAAAAAAAAAGCAGGCAACAAAUCCUAGCUGAUGACAGAUUAGAUCAUUACGUGCCAUCAAUUGCGCUCAUCGAAAGCACAUCACAUUCCGGCCGAAAGGCAUGGCGCGCGAGACUGCGUGGCGAUGAAUAAUUGAGCCACAGCUCAGCCGCCUCGGCAACAAACAAGCUUAUCAACGGCUUCGGCUGAGCUCGUAAAAUCAAUUUAUGAACUGCACAAACCCGUCCUCCCCACCAAUUUUCUCCACCACGGCACGGCACGGCACGGCACGUACACGGAGUGAGCCCGGAGUGUGUUCUAGCUCCCUGCUCCCUCGACUCGUCUGUUUCUUGAUGUUAUCGUCCUCGUCGUGCUUGCGCUCCCACGACACGGGACACAACGCGACAAAAGCUCGAUUCCUUUGGUCCCUGCUCUGCCGAUGGUGGCAGUAAACACGAGGGAACAUUAUUUCCAAUUUCCCGGGAAGCGGAGUGCGCCGCUGCCAUCCCUUGUGACGAUGUGUGGCAAACGGAGAAAUAUGACACC